AUGGUUCAAUUUCAGUUUCCAGGGGAGCCAGUUCUAAAGUGGAAGGGUAAUGCAGCAUCGCUAAGAGGUAGGUUUAUUUCCUACCUCAAGGCAAGGAAGCUGAUUGCCAAGGGUUGUAUCUAUCAUUUAGUCCGGGUUCAGGACAUAGAAGCAAAGCCAUCGACUCUUCAGUUUGUUCCAGUAGUUAAUGAGUUUCCAGAUGGGCACAUUAUUUCAGCUGAUGGUAUUCAGGUGGAUACACAUAAAAUUGAAGCUGUAAAGACUUGGCUGAGACCUACAACACCCACGGAAGUUCAUAGUUUUCUGGGCUUGGCAGGUUAUUACAGGAGAUUUCUAGAGGGUUUUUCUUACAUUUCUACACCACUGAGGAAGCAGACUCAGAAAUCAGCUAAGUUCCAAUAG